AUGAUGGUAGGCACUUACGCUGAUGUGGUGCUGGCUGACGCCAUUGUCAAGAACAUCUCAGGCUUCGAUCAGGAUUUGGCGUGGAAAGCCUUGCACAGGGAUGCGUACGAGGAAUACACAGCCGAUACCUCGCGCGGAAAGACAGGCUUGGCGCACUACAAGGAGCAUGGCUUCGUCCCGGUCGACGUCGGCAUCGCUGAAGCCUGCUCGCGCACCUUGGACUUUGCCUUUGCGGACGCCGCCUGUGCGGCUGCAGCGCAGCGCCUGGGGAAGCUCCAGGAGGCCACGGAGCUCAGGCUACGAAGCCGGCAGGCCCUGCGGCGCAUGUACGAUCCCCGGCGUGGCCUCAUGGGCCGCCCGAAGCAGACCCAGGAUUUUGUGGAGAUGUCCCCAGAGACUUGGGGCUUCUGCUACACAGAGGGCUCCGCAUGGCAGCACUCAUUUCCGCCCUUCGACCUCGAGCUGCUCGUUGAGCUGCACGGUGGUCCGGGGCAGCUCCUUCAGAAGCUGGAAGACAUGUUCCGAGUACCGGCCUAUUUCGAGACCGGCUCCUACCAGGCUGUAAUCCACGAGAUGCGCGAGAUGCUGGAUCUCGGCAUGGGCCAGUACGCGCACAACAAUCAGCCAGUUCAUCACGUGCCGUACUUGUUUGCGAUGCUUGGCAUGCACAAUGCCACUGCGAAGCUAGUGCGUCAGAUCCUCGCGCAAGCAUACUCUCCAGAUGGGUACGCGGGCGAUGAGGACAAUGGAGAGAUGGGCUCCUGGUACGUCUUGAGUGCACUGGGCCUCUAUGACCCGGAUGCUCAACUGCACAUUAUGCGAGGGAGCACUUUUGAAUUCGGGAGUCCACGUUGUGUCAGCAUGGCAGCUGCGAUCUGA